AGAUGCCACUGUAAAAAAUGAGGAAGAGGAAUUUAACACAGGACCACUCUCUGUUUUGAUGAUGAGUGUUAAAAAUAAUACUCAGGUGCUCAUUAAUUGCCGGAAUAACAAGAAACUUCUUGGUCGUGUGAGAGCCUUUGACCGCCACUGCAACAUGGUUCUUGAAAAUGUCAGGGAGAUGUGGACUGAGGUACCAAAGACUGGGAAGGGAAAGAAGAAAGCACAGCCAGUGAACAAGGAUAGGUUCAUCAGCAAGAUGUUUCUUCGUGGAGACUCUGUUAUCAUUGUUCUGAGGAAUCCUAAAUGAGAGGUAUAUUUUUUGGAGCUUUUUAUGGAGAGAUGUAUUGUUGACCAGGGAAUUGUUUGUGUCAAAGUGCCUUAAAAGGAUUUGUUCCUAUGUUGAACUGCAUGGGACCAAAUUUCUUGUAUUACUGAUUUGUGCAAGU